AUGGCUACCCUACUAAGCUACAUAGCAGCCAUUUUACCACGACUGUUAUUUGUGGCUCACAGUAUUGUAGCCUUGUGGCUUCUAGUAAAAUUCAGUCAAGGUCAGACGAUUUUUUGGGGUUUCUGUGUCGGCCUGGUAUGCCUGUUCGUGGAGUCCAUUUACACCAUUCUUGUGCGCAAAGGAGUGGAGUACAAGUAGUGAGUAUAUCAUCUUCUAAAUCAAACUGAGUGUUUUUCGAACCUUAACUUUCGCUUUAAUUUAGUGACACCUUGGUAUGGUUUAUAACAUGAGACAACUAAUCAUUACAUUGAUUAGCAAGGCCUAUAUUUUUACGGAUCACCUUAAUUCUAGAACAGCCGAGUGCAGUCAACACUUGGCGUUUUACAAUACCUUGAAUAUCAUUCACUCACACGCCUUUUGACUUCUAGGUGACACUUGCUGUAACAGUAAUCAAAAACUCUUGUAUUUAUUUAAUUUUGAAUUUUACUGACGUUUUUGUAAUUUGCGGCGAAACACUUGAUUGAGGGAUUAAAAAUUAAACGCUCUCUCCCCAAGUUUCUGUUUUACGGACGGUUUUAGGGCAAAGUUUUGACAAUAAUACCUCAACAGGGUGCAUGGAAUGGUCGAGUUCUGCUCGUAUCAGACUGGUAUCCAGCUUAUGGUAUUUUGAGCAAACAGUUUGAAAAGAAUGUUCCUUUACCUAUCCUGUCUGUGUUGUGGUCUUAAAAGGAUUAACACUUGCGAUCAAACGUUUCACAAAUGGAUGAUGUAUUAGCUAGACAUGUAAUUUACAUGAACUUGCUCAUGCAUUAUAUUCCGGAGCUUGAAAAGAAUUCAUAUUUCAUAACACAAUUAACAUACACCGAUUUUCUGGAACAUGAAAGUCCACCAUUUGAUUCUAAGCUCGUUUGUGAGAUUCGCCAUCUAUACCGUCACCUCAAUUUAAAUUUCAUGGGUUCAGAAACUUUUCUACAGUUCCAUCUAGCGUUAUGCUCCUUUUCUUUCUUGCCAGCAGAUUCGCGAGAGUUGAGAAUAAUCUAACAUCCAAGUCGCAAAGGCAAAUUUUAUCACAUCGAAUCUUUUUUCAUGUAGGUAUGGAAAAACAAUCUUAGAAAUAAAAAGAAAAAAAAGAAUCUAUAGGAAGCAGAUCUGUAAAAGUUUCGACUUAAAUACUUAAAUUCCUUUCAUUCCUUUUAUCCCCAAAUAAAAUAGACUUUCUCCCACAUCCGAUCAAACUAUGAUCGCUUUUAAUGAAGUGUUGCAUUACCAAUGGUAUCGCUCCGAUCGAUGAAUGCUUGAUAUCAUGAUAGUCUAUUCAAAUUUAUUUCCUUUGUCAGAACCGUAAGCUGCCAAUUACGGUGAUAACUGAAGCUUCCCGGCUCAGUUUUCAACUACUGAAGAGAUGACCUGACUUGAAGAGAAUUAAUGUAAAAUUUUUAUGUUUUUUAGUGAAAAGUCGUGAAAAGUCAUCAAAUGUUUUAACUAAAAAGAAGAGUAUGAAGUCGCUUUAACGCAGUCCGGAUGUUUGACGAUGUGUUUCUUCAAAUGGCAUUUAUGUUAACGGCUAAGAAAGGAGAUACCAAAACCACGUGUGACGAAAGCCUCUAAAAAAAGAAACACAUUUUCACUUUGUAAGAAGAUUCUUAGGACUCAGUCUUUCAUUCUGUCUCACAUAAUUUCAUUGAUUUAUUCAUUGGCUGCCUAUUUUUGUUUGGUAGGUUUUAAAUAGGUUUUUAAAAAGUAAUAUUUCCUCACCACAAGGAGUGAUCAAAAUAAACGAAACGGCGUGUGAAUGGCCUGCUUUGAGGAUUUUCCAGUUUUUUUUUUCACAGUGUAGUUUAAUAGGGCUUGAAGAAGUGCAGCGGAAACAGUUCAAAACUUAAAACUAAGCCUAUCCGAAGUUAAGCGAGCGCCAUGGUCCUCUAAAUAAUUAUGAUUUCGAUUUCAUGGUGAUGCUUGAAUAGCAACUGUUAUCAAAAUAUUUAGAAAAGUAUUUAUCUGACCAGUUUAGCGAGGAAAUUUUCUGAGAAACCUACAAUAUUUGUUUUGAUCCACUACGCUGGCGGUUUCAUUGGCUUGAUCUAGAAAAUUUAAAUUCAUGCCAAGGAAUCAAUGGUGGGUCAGGGUGAUAUGUUAGGUUUACUGCAGCAGUCAGAGUAUCAUUCAAAUGACUCUGGAUUUUUUCAUCACUUUAUAAAUUUUUCAGUGCCUUAAACUGUUCUAACUAUGACAAUAUAUCACUACAUUGAAGUUCUAGUCAUGCCAAAUAAUUCCCUGUGCCGCGAACCCCUGAUUUUUAAGUAUACGUAAUUUUCUUAGUGGUAGUUGGUCAAAUUUUCAUUUUCUCCUUAUUGUAGCUUUUGGCCAAGUUGUUUUUUCUACCUUUGUACCCUUCUACCCAUUACUUGGUUUGCUGAGUUAACUCUACUGGAAGGAAGACUAAAUAACGUAACUGAUGAGAAAAUAAUGAUUGUUUCUAUGGCGCAAACGGUAAGUCAGUAACAGAAAAGAAUAAAGCGAUACGAGCGUGACUUUUCAAUCGCCUGAAAAGUUGGCAGAAUAUGAUGCAAAAAUUCGGGCUGAAAAAAUCUUAAGCCACCGUAACAUCUGAGCUUUCCUGACAUAAUUAAUGAGGACCUCACCUUAUUUCAAAGGAUGUAACAUGCCGACAUGGCCAUAUCUAUUCGACAGAAGCCUUGCCAUUCCAAACACGGCCGCGAUAACUGGUUUGGCAAGGAGAGAAAAGGAAUCUUUUGGAGAGAUACAUGUAAUUUUACUAGACAAGUGUCGUAAGGAAAUUGUUCUCGAUUUUUUAACCGUGGCGCAAGCAGGGUUUUUUUACGGAAGGAGGACACCAAACUGAGCAGCGUUUUACUGGUAUGCCAGAUCGUUUUGCCAUUUCAAGCACUGAACUAUAGCAUUUGGUAAAUACGUUCACCGAACCAGAGUAUUUACCUCAAGUCAACGAAAAAAGAAUAGAUUCUUCCAAGUACAAUCUAUAUGGUGGUCGGUUGUUUGCCUUGGCUUCAGCAGUAGUGUGGAACUCUCUCACACAGUCAUUAAGAGACUGGCAAUCAGUUGAAACUUUUAAACGGAAACUUAAAGAACAUUUAUUUUUACGGGCUUACAUGGAAAAUUGAAUUUUCAUUGUUGUUGUACUUUUUGUAAAUAAUAUUUUAUUUCAUAGACAUAGUUAGGUAAUUUAUAGUUUUUAAUCAUAAUUCCCUUUCGUGAAGCGUUCUUGGACCACUAGGAAAAGACGCUAUAUAAAAUAUAAUAAUAGCAAACAAAACUUUAUUCAAUACUCAUAAAAAGGACCUAUGUACAGUGCUUCACUUAAAAAGAAUUAAAUUUGUACCUUAACAUCUGUUAGAAAGAAAAGAAAAAAUCAUAAUGUCUCAAUAUCUCUUGACGCUAUAUAAAUGUAUUACUAUUAUUAUUAUUGUUGUUGUUAUUAUUAUAGUCAUGCGAUAACAAAAAACAUAGAAACAAAUAGGUUAGUAAGGCCUUGAUGUUUGCGAUGCAUGAACAAAACUUGUUAAGUUCGUGGAAUCAUCUUUUUCUUGGUAAACAAUAAAUGUGCAUAUUGACUUCCUACUUCAGUUCUACGUUGGGCAAGAGGAGCUGAAGAAGUUUUGUGAGAUUGGGUUGAUGUUAAUCAUCAUCUUGGGUCGGUGGAUGCUUCCUCGUGGUGCAAUAACACGCGACCAGCUGUCGAUCCUUCUUCUUGAAUACGUGGCCAUUGCAGCUGAUAUUUUAGAGUUGUUCGAGGCUUUUGAAGAUGAUCAGGUAAGAGAGUUUUAUACCAUACGAAAUGUGUGCAAUAAAUAAAGGCAUCUAAGCAGACCUUUCACACGAAGGACAUGAUUCCUUUCACCAGUUCCUAAUGGAGAGCGACUCAUUUGAGCUUAACCUUUGCCUUCUUUUUGAUUAAAGCAAAACAGUAAAUGUAACUCCAUUUUGGUUUGAUUGCAGGUAGCCCGCAAUAAGGAUAUAACAUUGGCCACCCUGGGAGUGUUUUCAUGGAGUCUUUUUCAAUUCACUUUGGUGACUACGUCAAUGGGGAUGAAAAUUGAAGAUCAAGAAGAAGAAAAUCUACCACAAGUAUGAAAACAAUUUGUAAAUUGAGUUUGAACAUCUAUAUUAUCUCAUUAUUUGCUUUAAAUUUGCCACUGACUUUGAGAAUUGCUUCUCAUUUUCUCCAGAAUGGAAACUAUUUAUGGGUUGAAGAUGGUUUGAACAGAAGAUAUCUCCGAAAAGCUUCUGAGGCUAGGAAACACGAAAGAAAAAAACAACGUAGACAAUUGUAUCAAUUGUACAAUGAAGACGAAGAAAUGAGAAAACUUGAACUCCAAGGAGACCGAUAUGGUAUCAUAGCGGCCAUGUUUAUGCAAGAUGGCCCUUUCCUAAUCCUUCGACUUUAUCUUGUCUUCAAAUACGACUUCCUAAUAGACUCCAAAUUUUUGUUUUACAUCGGCAAGAAUUUAAUUUCCCUUGUUUUGAUGAUAUAUCGUCUUUACGUAAUUCACUUUCAUAGUAAAGAGGAGGAAUUCGCCUUGCCAACAAAACGAUCAUUUCGAAACCUUUCCUCUAUGCUGAUAGGAGUUCAGAGGUUCAAGUCAAGAAAAUCAAACCCAAGGAAACAAAGCCAGCCAAGCAAGUAA